UUUACGAAACACAGUUUCAUUCUAUGACAGCUAUUACAAGAAUAUGUCUAAGCGUGUAUCUUACGUUUUUAAGUGGAAUCAAUAAAUAGUUUAAGUGUAUCUAUACGAUAUAUUACCAGUACAGUUAUUUGCCGCUGAUACACCUGUCCACUAUAAUCAAUUAUACUUAAUAUUGAAGUAUCAUAUUCAUAAUGAUUAACUUGAUCUCUAUAUCAGUACACUGGGAGAAAAGUGGGAGAGUAACGCCACCAACCUAGUGUCUAGUGAUACGUCCGGUACACGUGUGACACGCGCACCUAUUUUGGGCGAGUCACGUGCCCAAACAGAGAGGACUGUUCAACCACAACACUGGUGAAGCACUGAGUAAAAAGACAUAAUAUUAAUGAAGAAUCAAAAAACAAUAUUGAAACAAUGGCAUCAAAAUUUCGUAUAUUAGCAUCUCAAACGAUCGCUACGUUAGCAAUUAGUUUACUGAAGUUUACGACUGGAAGUACUAUGGGAUUUACUACGAUAUUCAUUGGAGAAUUAGCGAAAGAGAAUGCUGAAAUAUCUGUUACUUUGGACGAAUUAACAUGGUACAGCAGCUAUUUUUUCCUUGUACCAUUUGGUUCUCUAGUUGGUGGCUUUAUUACGCAGCGCUUAGGCAGUCGUUCAAUAUUCAUAAUUUCGGCAAUUAUUUAUAUUGUUUCAUGGCUAAUGUAUCAUUGGUCUACAACGUCUGAGAUGAUUUUAUGUGCGCAAGUAUUAAUUGGACUGGUCAAUGGUCUAUUAACUGCCCCUAGUCUUACUUUUAUUGCUGAAAUAACUCAGCCACGCUUGAGGAGUACAUUUAUGAGUACUGCCAUUUUAUUUUACUUAUCUGGCCAAUUUUUUACAAUACUGUUAGGAGGAUAUGUCUAUUGGAGAACAAUUGCACUAGUGAACCUUACUUUCCCGGUGAUUGCGUUAAUAAUGUGUUCAUGUAUACCAAACAGUCCACAUUGGCUUGCAAGUAAGAAUCGUAUUGAUGAUGCUCAAAAGUCUCUAGCUUGGUAUCGCGGUUGGGUAAACCCUAAUACCAUCAAAUCGGAAAUAGAGACAAUGGAAAGUAAAUGGAACACUACACUUGAUUCAUCAACGAAUGUUUCAAAUAAUGGAAAUGCUCAUAACUACAAUACAAUAAUGAGACUUAAAAAUACUUUAAAGCCAUAUUUGAAUCGGACAUUUUAUAUUCCUCUUGCCACUUCGUGUUACAUAUUUUUCAUCAAUACUUUUGGUGGUUCGCACACUGUACAAGUUUUUUCUGCAGUACUAUUUGAGAAGAUGAAGUCACCUUUCGAAACACAAACUGCUACAAUCAUUUUAAAUGCAUUCCGAACCAUUGGUGCUAUAUCUUGUUUAUUUACUAUUCGCUUAGUUGGAAAAAGAAAACUCCUAUUUUUUUCUGUUAUUGGCGGUGGAACUUGUUUUGCGUUUGCUGCAGUGUUUAAUUACUUGAUAAAUUCUAAUUAUAUUGUUUCUAGUGAAUAUAUUUGGAUCCCAACGAUCAGUGUUCUAUUAGCUAUCUUUGUUAUUGCUGCCGGUAUCGAUAAAAUUACGCAUUUACUAAAUAUCGAGAUAUUUCCAUCAUCAAAUCGCUUAGUUGGUUCUGGAUUGGGCGAAACAUUCUACAAUUUAAUUUUAUCAGCGUUGAACAAAACAUUUCUCUAUCUUACUAAAUAUAUAACAUUAUCGGGUAUUUUUGCUAUUUUCUCCAUUACGAAUAUCAUAGGAUUUAUUACACUUUAUUUUAUUAUUCACGAAACUGAAGGUAAGACAUUAAAUGAGAUCGAAGAACAUUACACUGGCAGACGAAGAUUAGAAAAGAAGCAAAAUAAUGUCGAAGAUAAGAGAAUACCGAAUGAUAUCAACGCUUAGUUCAAUAUCUCAUGCAAGCAUUCAUGUAUAUAUAAAAUGACGUUUGUGAUAAUAAAAACUUAUCAGUACCUCUA